CAGAGUAUCGACAUUCAACAAGGACGACUGGGGCAGCUAUACGAAGUCAAGCCUUCACGAACGGUCGAAAAUAGACAUACCUGGGGUCUACCACAGCGACGUGGAGAGGCCGUACAAUGUCUUCACUAAUGGACUGGAUACUAUACAAAACCCGGCGUUCAAGGAGGCGCUUGAGGAUAGCCUUCACUUCUUUCUCGAAGAGUGUAACAGUCUGCAGGGUUACCAAGUACUCGUAGACACAGACGACGCCUUUGGAGGCCUGUGCAUCGAAGUGCUGGACCACAUCGCUGACGACUUUGGUACGAAGCCAGUAUUCACAUACGCAACGACACCUAUAGUUCUCGAGGCCGAUCAUCCACACUUUGGUCAGUACAAAGACAAGGCGACACUCAACACGGCCCUCAGUCUAGAGCGCCUGCAAGAACGCAGCGCUGUGUACAUCCCCUUGAGCCUGCGUGAUACCAUUGGACCAAGUGCCAGUACCAGGUCAUCGUAUACCACCCACAAGCACCCACAUAGCGGAUACAAAUCUUCGUAUGGAAAUGGGCCGGACAUGUUCCCGGUCAGUGCACCUCUGAGCCAUAUGGACACCACCGAUAACUACCAGGGCAGUGCUGUGCUAGCUACGGCUGUGCGUAAUUGCAUCUACCCUCUCACAGCAGCCUCGAGCACUGCCGGCGGCGGAGGCCAGGCAUCCAUUCCUGCGCAGAGUAUGUCGUCCUAUGCACAUCUGCUGACGGGCGGGGCUUCGAGUGCAAAGUGUUUAGCUCUGAAUCAUUCCUUGCCGUGGGCGAUGGCUCGGGCGGAGACAAAAGCGCACAGCAAUCGCGGGCAACAACGCCAGGUACGGGAAGACGAAUCCACUUCAUCACAGUUUCGAUUAGACACGGCUGCCUGGAUCCGCUCAUACACUCCUGGCUACGAAGGCCUGGUUGAUGAUCGAUUGCUCCGAGAAAUGGUAGUGGUCAGUCAUCCCGAUGCAAAUAUGACAAAUGCAAUGAAAGAUCUGUACGAGUCCCAUGGAAUGGGGCUUGUCGCCAAUCAGAAUGGUGCAAACUAUUGCGACCCAAUCAAUAGUCUUGGAAUAACAAAGGACUGGGUGCACGGCUCAGGCCGGAUAGGCACACUCACUCACCUUGCACAAACAUCUGGCAUGGCACGAUAUGGGGAGCAUGUCCGUGAGGCGUUGGACGAGGUGAGCAUUCGGGGGUACAAUGAGUACGAUCGCGGUGGCAUAGGGUCGGAUGACUGGGAAGAGGUUAAGGACUAUCUGGAGGGCUUCGGAGAUGUGUACAGGUAGGGGCCAUCUUUCACGGGAGAUUGUAAGCGAAGCGUGGUGUGGUGUUUUCUCAGGCGGACGUUGAGUACAGUUUGUCUAUGCGGGAUGUCUAACGUCUUCGGGAACUAAGUUGCAGCAUCAGAUGAGCCUUUGAAUUUACUUGCACACGUGUAAGAACGAACAGUGUGACCGCUCAGAUGUAAGGAAUGGGUUACUGACAACACUCUGAGACGGAACAGUAGGACUGCAAGACUAAUCGAAGUCAGCGUGUGUAAUGUAAUCUGUGCAUCUAUGCAGUCGUAUGGGUUUGCAAUGGGUGGGUAAACACUUGGCCCGUACGUCUGGAAGUGCGUUGCAAAAAUUUAUUUAUAGAUUGUGUAAAGACAGGCAGCGGCAGGCACCUAGGUGCGCGGUGUAUGUGGCCACUGGAUCGGCAGAAGACGAUUUCUCGGUGAACCAAAAUAUUUAUUUAGAUACGUGGUUGGUCCUGGGGCAGUAAGAGAAAGAGCACGCUUGAGGUCUAGAAAGAUGUGAGCGAAUAUAGGGCAGAAAUGGGCCAUUUGUGAAUGUGUGGGAUUUUAGGACAUUGUUCUGAGUAAAGUAACACGGGCAAGGUCAAAACGUAGCUUGAAGGGUACUGCCGUGAUUUGUACUUUAACUGAAGCCGGAUCAGUCGAGUUGAAAUCUGCUAUCGAAUGCGAGAUGACGGUAUAGUAACAGUCGAUAGGAGUAGAUACUGGAUAGAUAUAUAGAUAGACAGACAUAUGCGCCUGUUCUGCGUACUACCGCUAGUCAAGUCGAUGGACCAGUAAUUGCAGAGGUACGAUAGCAAUCAGCAAUGCAUAUUCAUCCAUGUCUCUGCGGGAAAUGGGGAAAACCACAUUCCUACUACCUGUACUUCGCCGAAG